AUGAUUUCCUUCAUGUUUUUGCUCUUCGUUGCUCCAGAAGCGUUGUUCUCCUCAACAGAUGUUGCAGUGAUAUCCCCCCAGGAUCCCGCCUUGCACAUCGGUUCCAGCCUGACAGCCACGUGCGAGGUCAGCCCCGACCUCGGCCUCCACGCCAGCGGGAUAUACUGGACACUGAACGGUGUGCGUGUAUCCAGCAGCAACUACAGCAUCGUGUCCUCCAACGUCCUCAGUGUCACCCUUCACGCUCUCAGCGGCUCCAAGCAGAAGUCUGGAGACAACCUGGUGUGUCAUGGGGAGGAUGGACGCAUCCUGGCUGGUUCCUGUCUCUACGUGGGCUUGCCUCCAGAAAAGCCAGUCAAUUUAAAAUGUUGGUCCCACAAUGCAAAGGACUUGAGAUGCAAAUGGAGGUUGGGUGGGCGGGGUGAGACCCACAUCACAACUAAAUACACCCUCAAGUACAAACUGAGGUGGCAUGAAAGAGAAAAUGAAUGUGAGAAUUACAGCACAGUGAAGAAAGACUACUCUUGUUACAUCGCUGGAAACAUCGCCCUCUUCACCCCAUAUCAGAUCUGGGUGGAGGCAACUAAUCAGCUGGGCUCAGCCGCCUCUGACAUCACCUACCUGGACAUCCUUGAUAUAGUGACCACUGACCCUCCUGCCAACGUGCACGUGAGUCGUGUGGGCGACCUCGAGGAUCAGCUAACUGUGCAAUGGGCCAGCUCCCUUCAGCUCAAAGACAUCCUGUUUCAGGCCAAAUAUCAGAUACGCUACAGACUGGAGGACGCCACUGACUGGAAGGUGGUGGAUGAUGUGGGAAAUCUGACAUCCUGCAGGCUGGCGGGCCUCAAGCCAGGGACCGUCUAUUUUGUCCAAGUGAGGUGCAACCCAGUGGGGAUCUUUGGCUCCAGGAAACCUGGCAUCUGGAGCGACUGGAGCCACCCGACGGCCGCCUCCACCCCCGCCAGCGGGCAGCUCCAAAGACCCUCAUGUGACCCUAAACCUGCUGAGCAGAACACCUUGCGGCGGGAACUCAAGCAGUUCUUUGGCUGGCUCCGCAAGCACGCCUACGGCUGCACCGGCAUGUCCAUCAAACUGUACGAUCAGUGGAGGGUUUGGCUUCAGAAAUCACACAGGACACGCAUCCAGGUAGGUAAGCAGAAUCGGACUUUUCUCUUCACUCAUUUCAUUGUUACACACAAAAAGAGGAAAGAUUCCCCUUGA